AUGACAAAGUCACUUGAAACUCAGUAUGUUCUCAGAAAAUGCACAAGAGACAAAGAUGAGAAAAAGGAGUUUUUCGGGUCUGAGAAAAUGCAUAAAUGUAAACUCCAAGAAGAUUUUUAUGGUCAGAGUUGCCCGAAAGCUGAACAAAUUGUUGCUGAUCAAGUUGCCCAGGUUGCAAAAACCAAUCCUGAUGCAAUAGCUGCCCUCAUUCGUCUUCAAUUUCAUGACUGUUUUGUUGGUGGAUGUGAUGCCUCAAUUUUAUUAGACGAAAUGCCUACUGGCGAUGCUGUAGAGAAAUCAUCAAUGUUUAAUGGUGAACUCCUUAAAGGUGCAGAUAUCAUUGAUGACAUUAAAGCAAAGCUAGAGCAAGAAUGUCCAGGAAUUGUGUCAUGUGCAGAUAUAUUAGCUUUUGCUGCUUCAGAAUCUUUGGUAUUAGGUGGUUUGCCAGCUCAUCAACCUAAACUAGGUGGUCGUAGAGAUGGAUUGGUUUCCAUUGCUUCUAAUGCAGAAAGUAACCUACCAUUGCCAACUUGGUCGAUGGAUCAAAUGCUACAACUUUUCAACAGAAAAGGGUUCAAUGAGGAAGAUUUUGUUGUUCUCCUUGGUGCACAUUCAAUUGGUGCUGCUCAUUGUUCUGUAUUUAGUGAUAGGUUAUACAAUUAUGAGCAAAGUGGGAAGUCAGAUCCAGCUUUAACCCAAGAAGUCAUUAAGGAACUCAAACAAAAAUGUAAGAUCCCGGGAACACCAGAGGCAAGAGAGAACCCACGUGUGAACUUUGAUGAGACCCCAACAAUAGUUGAUAAUAUCUUCUUCAGGAACCUUGUUGAAAGGAAAAAAGCAUUACUUGCUUCAGACCAAUUAUUGAUUGUUGAUAAUAGAACAGCUCUGAUUGUGGAAAAGAUGGCAAGAGAUCCCAAUUUGUUCCCUAGAAAAUUUGUUGUGGCAAUGAUGAGAUUGGCUUCUUUAGGUGUGCUCACAAUGAAUGAAGGAGAGGUUAGGACCACAUGUAGAGCCACCAAUAAUUGA